AUGACAGUUUUCUGGUUCGCGGGGGAGAUGAGAAGCAGACAGUUUUUAGCUGGUGGCUGGGUAGCUGCAGCUAGCUUGACAGCAAUAUCCACCAUACAGUCCAGCAAACGCCAAUCACAACAUAACGUUUUAGUGCCCGGACAACAUGAUGGCUUAUGCGGCCACGACGAUGGGUCUCUAUGGUGUGGUAUCACAGUAUUACAUACAGGCCGUUUUCAAAAAAAGAAACUUGUCAGAGAUGAGAAUCUAUACCAUGUAUGGGGUGUUGCGUCUGAUAAACCUCCCCAUGAGCAUUGA